AUGACAAUGUCCAAUGUAAUAUUUUCAACUGCAUCAAUUGCUGAAAGUGCAGUUGAAAUAAUACAUUUACUAUCUGGUAUAUCAACAGUUAAAUUUGAUUAUAAAAAUUCAAUAAAUCCAGCUGAAAAAAUAGCUCAAUUCAAAAAUGUUAAUAAAAAAUUUGAAAAAAAUGUUAAAACAUUUUUAGACACUUAUCACGAAGCUCUUGAGUCACAAAAUGAGACAAUUUGUGAUUUACAAGCAUCGCCACAGCAUCAAUUAUUUUCAUUUUACUGUGAAAUUAUUUAUGCACAUAUUCAAACACUUGCUACCUUAAUAUUUUCAUACAUGUGGAAAUCACAUUAUACACAAACUGAUUUCAAUCAUUUGAGUAGAAUUCAAACUUAUGACACGUUACAAAAAAUUGCCGAGUACACGAAAUUAUUUGAAAGUAAAAUGAAGAAAACUUCAAAUAUUAUUCGUCGAUGUGAUUCAACAAAAGUACGAAAUGAGACAUAUGCUGCAAUUGACGAUUUGUUGUAUGCAUUUGUUAUAAAUCAACGACAUUUCGAAAAUUCAGAAGAAUAUGAAUGUCGUCAUUCAUGCGAUAAACUUCCUGAUGAAUUAGUAAUGUAUGAAACAUUUAAUUCCACUGGUUAUUUGGAUAAAUGUCCUGGUGCAAUUUAUGAUUGUCAAGCUGGUAGCAGCUACAAAGUUUGUCCAAGGAAUGAAAGUGAUGAAUCAAGUACAAAAAAAUAUUACUGGAUGAUUGAUAAUAAAUCAGGAUUAACUUAUGGAAAUACAAGUCAUGAAUGCAAUACAACUGUACUUGAAGAUGCAUAUACAAUUAAUCGAGUUAUGCAAUGGGACACGUACACCUGUGAAUCUUGUAUUUGUCGAUGUGUAGAUAAUCGUAUCAAUACUGACAGUAAAACAAUUCGAGCUUUCAGCUAUUUGUGGUCCAAUACAAGUGCUAACAUGGUUGCAACUGGUGCAAGGCUUGUUGUACAAGAUAGAAUGAUUCACAUUCAAUUGAGAGAAGCUAAACUUAUGCCAUUUGGAAAUAUUGAUAAAGACAGUGAAAGAUGGGUACCACUUCCAGAAUUUGAGUAUAAUAAUUAUUUUCCCAGUGUAGCUAUUUUAGCUGAUGGUACGAGAUUUCCAUUAAAACGUAAUCGUCAUUAUGGUAAAUUAGAACAAAAUUAUGGAAAUAAAAUAUGUCUGCAAAAAAUAAUUUUUGAUGAAAAACAUUUAUUAACUGGUGUUAGAUUUAAUGCAACGUAUUUUAAUAAUAAUAAUAAAGAUGAAGAACGUUGUUUCAAUAUUGAUACAAACUAUGGUGAAUUUAAUUAUACUACAGGAGAAAUAAUGAGCAAGAAAUCUUAUGAUAAACAACAAAAACAACCAACUGAAUUGAAAUUAAAUCAGCCAGAUGAUCCACUUAAAUUUGAAACAAAUGUCCAAGAUUCAGAGAAUAAUCAAUAUAUUAAAAUUGGAGUAACAGAUUUGAUCAAGGAUGCAUCACAAACGACAAUUCCAUAUUUUGAUCUUCAAGAAGUUAUCACUGAGCCAAGUGUACCACUUGCUGGACUUGAAUUAUUUCAUAAAGGACGACUUGAUAAAACAUCUGGUGGAUAUGUUACCUUAAAAAUUCAUCCAAUUGAUUUAUCAGUACAUAUGACUAUCUAAUCUUCAUAAA